AUGUCGCAAUACGCUCGUGUUGAAGAGUUAUCGGACUCUGAUCCUGAUGAGAUCGCCCCCUCAGACUCUCUCCCCGGAGACACCAUCAUUGCGCCCGCCUCAAUUCCGACAAGGGAAACCCCGAACCAAAUCCCAACCCCAUCCCCAACCCCGCCAAUGACCCAGGUGCCGGAACCUCAGCGUGAGAUUCCUAGGCACUUCCAAUGUCUUUACCCGGUCUACUUUGAUAAAACUCGUUCCCGCGCCGAAGGCCGCAAGGUUGGUGGAGAGCUCGCUGUCGAGAAUCCACUAGCUCGAGAUAUCGUCGAUGCGGUUCAAAUGCUGGGAUUGAAGGCCGGUCUGGAGCCCGAAAAGCUGCAUCCCAAAGAUUGGGCCAACCCCGGUCGAGUGCGUGUACUGCUCAAAGACGAAAAUGGCCGCCUGGUCAACCCCAAGAUCAAGAAUAAGCAUCAUCUCUUCAUCCUUGUUGCGCAAUAUCUUAAAUCCCACCCAACUACCGACCAAUCUCCGUACCGACUUCGCAUUCGUGGCUUGCCGAUGCCCGAGAAGCUUCCCGAAGCACCCCAGGCGCCGCGUGGCUGGAAGAUCGGAACCAUCUUGCCCCUCCAUUCACCUGCCUAUAGCGGUGGUGGUGUUAGCGAUAACCCUUUCAAAGAAGCAAUGGCGGAGAUGCAGAAUAUGCAAGGCAUGCCUGGUAUGCCUUCGAUCCCUGGAAUGCCCGGUAUGCCCGGUAUGCCAGGCAUGCAAGGAGACGCUUCUGGAGCUGGCCCGGAAAAGAAAAAGAAGGACAAGAAAAAGGGCAAGGCUUAA